CAUCGCAAGGAAGAAAGGCACCUGUGUGGAGGUGAAGUUUCAAGGUAGGGGUUCUGAUUGGUGGGAGAAGAGUUCGUGUUCGAGGCAACCGCGAACAACCCCAGACGUCACUUCGUCUCCAUUCUGUCCUCCCCUUUCUCUCCCCCUCUCUUCCCCCCCCCAUCUACAUCCUCGUCCUCGUCCUUUUUCGUGCUCAACUCUCGGCUCGGAGCACAUUCUUAUCGCUCUCAUCCCCUCCUCAGAUUCGAGCUCGUGCGAGUGGGACCUCGGCUCCUCUCAGUCGGUCGACAAGUGGAUCGCAGCCAUUGAGACAGCGUUGAUAAGAUGCCGCAGAAUGACGCUCGACAUUCGGCCACGGGAGAUUACGGAAGAGGAAGAGGAACAAGAUUAGGCGCUCUUGCCGUGACGAUCUGCGGCAGGUGCUCAAGAGCUCGUGGGACAGCGCGCAGGAGGAGAAGAUGAGGUUGGAGAUCGAGCGAAGGAGGAAGCGAGUCGCUGAGGCUCAGCAAAGGAGCGAGGAGGCAGUUCGAGCUCUCGAUCGGGCGAGGAAAGAACACAUUGUUCUUGACGAAGAGCUGCGGAGAAGAAGAAAGUUCCCCGACCUACCUGAUGCUUUCCUCGACACUCUUCCUUUUCCCCAGUCUCGCGAUGGCAUCAGAACAGAAAUUGUCGGAGAAUCUGUAAGGGAGGAUGUGCACAAGAUUGCAGAAGAGAGCCGAAAGAAAGCGAUCGAGGAGGAGAGACAGAAGGCCGACAAGAUGCGAGCAGAGCUGGAGGAGAAGGUCAAGGAAGCUGAAAGGAAGUGGAGGGAGUCGGAGGACCAGCUCAAGGUCCUGCAGACCUUGUCCAGGACGGUGAAGGAGGAGAAAAAGAAGGAGGAGACAGUUCCGCCCCCUGAGGUUCACUUGGAUGAGGUGGAAGAGAGCGAAGGAAAGCGACAGGCGGAGCUGGAUGCUUCUCUUUUCGACGGAAAGAUGUAUGAGGAUGGGAUGAUGGUCAUGUCGUUGGAAUGGACGAAGAAGACAGACUUGUCGCUCUCCGCCUCUCUGAGGACAGCGACGGAUGUGCAGGUGUUCUCGGAAGGGGAGCAGACGGCGAUCUUUCAAGACGGCGAGAUGAAGUUUUACAGCCAGACAGGAGAAGAGUCGGACGAGGUGAGCAGGUCGUCAAAAGUCUGACUGUAAUCUAGAAUCUUCAUUACACUCACUC